CCAGUCUGAGUGAAUGUGUACGGGUGUGAGUGCACCCUGAAAUGCAAGGGCAUUCCGUCCAGUAUGGGGUCCUGCUUUGCACCCUGAGCUACAGGGAGAGCCUCUGGCCACCUGGCCCUGAACUGGAAUAAGAAGGUUUCAUUUCUGGAGGAAACCACAGCCCUGUUGCAGCUGGCAUCCUGUCGAGUCCCUCACAACCAGCGGGAGGCGAGCGCAGGCCACCGGAGAGAGGGAGGCAGAGGGACUUGGCACUUCCUGGGGAGCCUCGCCGACUUCUCCCCUGAGCGGAAGGCAGUCGUCUGAUGAGCCAGAGGUGUCUUCCUGGAACUGGGCACGGGACAGAUUGGACGCCCUCAGGUGGUAUAAGGUUUCUUCCAGGCAUGGAUAAAUUGAAGGACAUCAUCUCCUUUGGCUGGCAUAUCUACAGACAAUGUGAAGAGAUGAAAUACUGCCAGAAACAGUGUGAGCGUCUAAAGAACCGUGUCCGCCACCUGCUGGAGUGUCUACAAAUACUUCAGAACAAAGGAGUGACAAACCUGCCCCCCGAGAUCACCAAUACCGUGGACCGUUUCCAGGCUGUCCUAAAGGACGCUAAGAAGAAGAUAGAUAAGUAUAGCAAUAAAUCCAAUAUCCAUAAGUUUCUAACAGUAGAGAAGAACAAAAGGCUCUUUGAUGACAUAAAUGAGAAUCUGAAAUAUGUCUGGGAGCAGCUCUCGUUGCAGCUUCAAGCACAUCAGUAUGUGUAUAGUGUAAGCAUCAAACAAACAACAGCUUGCUGGCAAAAAGAAGACCAGCAGGAUGCAGAGGAAGAUUGGAGAGUCUUCCAAGGACUGAGUGGAAGUGAGAAAAGUAGGGAAGCUACUCUACUGAGGCAAUUGGAAAUCAUGGAACAAACCAUCAAAAUCAUGAGGCGCUCCUUACAGGAAUCCGUGAAGACGAUCCCAGAAUAUCAAAUCAAGGAGAUAAAGAAGGAGGAGCUUUCAGAAUCUAAUUGGCUCCUGCUAAGGAAAAAUGAAUUCAGCACACUUUAUAAAGGAAAAUACCACCAAUCUUCAGUGGCCAUAAAAGUAUUCAAUAACCCCCAGGCCAAAAGCACUGGAAAGGUGAGGCAAAUUUUCAAUAAUGAGAUCAGAACCAUGAAGAAAUUUGAUUCUCCCAACAUCCUGCGUAUAUUUGGGAUUUGCAUUGAUGAAGCUGUGACCCCACCUCAGUUUUCUAUCGUCAUGGAGUACUGUGAGCUCGGGACCCUGAGGGAACUGCUGGAUAGGCAAAAGGACCUUGAAAUCUCUGAGCGUAUCGUCCUGGUCUUGGGAGCAGCCAAAGGCUUGUACAGGAUGCACCACUCAGAAAACCCCGAACUCCACAGAAACAUCAGCAGCACAAGCUUCCUGGUAACUGAAGGCUACCACGUGAAGCUUGCAGGAUUUGAGUUGAGCAAGACACAGACUUCCAUCAGUCGAGAAACUAAGGGAAAAGAAGCAGAGAGAGUGAGCCCCACAGCGUACAUCUCACCUCAGAAACUGGAAAAUGUGUAUAAUAGCUAUGACAUAAAAGCUGAAAUCUACAGCUUUGGAAUUGUCCUCUGGGAAAUUGCCACUGGGAAGAUCCCGUUUGAAGGCUGUAAUUCUGAGACGAUUUAUCAGCUGGUGGCUGUGGACCGGCACCAGGAGCCACUGGGUGAAGAUUGCCCUUCUCAGUUGCAGGAGAUCAUUGAUGAUUGCCGGGCAUAUGAGCCGGACAGGCGGCCCUCUGUUAGUGAAAUCUUAGAGAAACUGUCUGUAUUUUACAAAGAUGUGGACUGAAACUAAAAGCAAAAGAUCCUUGGGCAAGAAGCUGGACGAGGUGCAAGCUGGGCAUCUUUCUCUCUCCAAUCCUUUGGCAUGCAGUUAUGAUGGGUGCAGGGACGCAGACCUUCUCUGUUACAAAUAGAAAACAGUUCCAGUCAUACAGAGCAUAUCCCACUCCAAAUGAUAUUGUCAAAAAUACACCUCUGAUAGUAACUGUGAUAGGUGUUUUACAAAAACAUGUCUCUCUAGUCACACCGCUUGGCACUAUGACUUUGCAGCUCCUCCCAUCAAGAAGUGGAGUCUACACAUGACACUAACAUACUAUUGUAUAUCAGUUAUACUUCAACCGAGAAAAAAAAAAGAGAAGUACUCUCUCCUGCAAACUGAAAUGUUUACAGAUGAUGAAAUUAUAUAUCUGAGAUUUGAUUCAAAAUAACCCAGGGGAAGGGGGAAUAGUUAUAGAUAAAGAAAAAGAUAAAAUAAGAUUAGCCAUGAGUUGGUAACUGUUGAAUCUGGAUGAUGGACACAUCGUGCUUCAUGUGUUCUUCUUUUCUGAAUAUGCUUUAAACUUUUCACAAUAAAAUGAUUUUUAAAAGAAAAUAAAGAAGUGGAGUCUACUUCCCCACCAUUUGAAUCUGGGCUGGCAUUGUGACUGGCUUUGGCCAAUAAAAUAUAGACGUGACGGUGUGCCGGUUCCAAGCCUAGGCUUCAAGAGGCUUUACAAACUCCCACUCCCU